AUGCAGGCAACGACUGCUGAGGCCGUCAGCAUGCUGACGAAGCUUUCAUUCCAGCGCUUUCGCUUGGGCGACAGCGGCAGUCCGUUUGCCGAGAUUCCUACCAGGCACUUCGGUCGCCAGCUCUUUGCACGGCAACAUCUUGAGUUGCCGGAUGUCUGCACGAUGGCACGCCCGCUCAGGAGACUGUCAUGGGCAAGUGUUCCACCGCGCCCAUGCACCCCAUGUGCAUGCAGAGUAUGCACUCCUGAAAGCCUACCGGGUCUAGUCGGAAACUUGAGGCUUGACUCUGAGCCGAUUGGAUUCUAG